UAGAAGUUUGUAAUUCCCUAGCAACUGUAACCCUGGUGAGCGGCGGCAGGCUGACUGCUUUGCCAACCAAGAACACGGUUGAAUAUUUUUAUUUUUGACAGAAGCUAAUUUCCACAGCAAUGACAGUAUUGAGAUGAACAGUGAAGAAUGUUAUCAAAAAACAUGCAGUGAAGUUGUCAAUAGCAACCAGCUUCUAUCACUCUCAGCCAAAAUCUACAUCUUGAGAACGUUUGGACCUCUCGCAUUUUUGUUGAAGGAAGAUGGGGAAGAGAAGAAUUUCAAGACGUUCCUGGGCCGGAAGCACUGCUGUUCUUGUAGUCUAUUCCUGAGAACCAAAGAACUCUGCAGGCAUAUCUGCUGGCUCCUCCUGAAGAAGUUCCGCCUCACCAUGAAAGAUCCACUGAGUUGGCAGAAAGGACUAUCAGAAAGAGAAAUUGAUGACUUACUUGCCAAAUCAGCAAGCGAUGCCGCUGCCAACAAGACACAGACAAACACAGAGCAGUCAGCAGAAUCAGUGCCUCCAGCAGAUGGCGCUGAACUCAACACUGUCCCCCAGAGAAAAAUUGAUGAAGAUUCUGUUUGUCCAAUUUGUUUGGACAAUUUACUCAAGUCUCACCUGCCUGUCACAUACUGCAGAUAUGGUUGUGGUAACAACAUCCACAUAAAAUGCAUGAAAAUCCAUGCUGAGCACCAGACAACCACAGGCUCUGAGGAGAAAGAUACUGUGAUGUGCCCCAUGUGCCGCGGGGUUUUUGUUAGCCUUGAGAAACUGAAGAUAGAGGAGCGCAACUCAAUGAGUGGCGUGGCCUUCCCCGUGAAACACUACCAUUACGGAUUAGAGUGCUCAACCUGCCAUUUGAAGCCAAUUAUUGGAAACUGCUACAAGUGUACUAUAUGCAACAGCUUUUACCUGUGUCAACAUUGCUUCAACACAUCAGUCCAUGAGGAGCAUCAGUUCAAGUUUAGACAGAGGAGAACACAGAGGUGGAAGAUGGUUGAAAGGAGUUUUAAUUACUCCCUACCUGAGGCCUUGAUCAAGAAUUUGAUGAGACGUGACCUGAAAGAUGAUGACUAUGAAAGUCUUCUUCAGUUAGACAGUGACGAAUUCACACAGUUCAACUCCCUCUCAGAGAAGAUCAUAGAGUCACUUCCCCUCGAGACUGUAACCGAGAACAGUGUCCUGCUGUCCACUGGGGCACAGUGCCACAUCUGUCUCGGUCCCUUCCAGGUAUCAACGCUGGUGCGGAGACUGCCAUAUAGACACAAGUUCCAUCGUGAAUGCAUUGACAACUGGCUCCUCCAUUCUCGUUCCGUGUGUCCCAUUGAUGGCACAAACGCUUGGAAUGCCAAUGCUGUCUUCAAGAAGAAUAACCAAAAAUGCCAAAGCAAGAAGAAAGAACCUCCGACAGAAGAGUUGUCUCUGAAUAUUUCAGGACUUGCCAUUUAUCCUGAGAGUCAGCACAAGUUGGGCCUGGGAAAAACUAAAAAGACAGUAACCACGGCAACAAAGUCACUGAAGGCCAGUGACACAGACAGUGACCUCUCUCUUGCAGGAAUGACCAUCAAGUCGGCCAACAGAAAUUCUUCACCAAACCAGAAAUCUUCUGGUAAUUCUGACAAACUGCUGAAUGCUGCCAAUGGGGAUGCCUGUCCGUCAAACAGAAAGCCCAACAGUGCAAUGUCCUCUCGUCGUAGGUCACUUGUUUUACCACCUCUUAGAGUGAGAAAGAAAAUCUUGAGACAUUCAGCAAAUUCCGUUUCUAAUUCUGACAAGAACUCUGGCAACAAUGGAAUCAGUAAAAUUCUUCAGCCAUUUUGUCACCUGGUUUUGACUGAUAAAGCAGAGCCUGAGACUGAAAACAUAAGACUGAGGAGCAACCUGCUGGAAGGGCAAUACGUAGACGAACUUCGUCGUUCACCAUUGGAGGAUAAAACAGCCAAAUCUCAAAAGAAACAGUUGAUUAAAGAUGAAGAUUUGCAUCUGCAAGGCUCAGGAGUUAGCUGUCUCUUGUGAUUGUGUGAUUGCUGUGUAUGCAUGUGUGUGUGUGUUUAUGUAUGUGUGCGUUUAUGUGUGUAUAUGUGUCCUG